AUGCCCAACACCUCAAAAACCGACCCAAUCGAUCCCCCAGCAAUAAUGCCUGUUCCAGCUCUAGCUGCUCUUAAAACUAUUUCACCAGAGCAAAAUUUAGCCUUAAUAUCAUGGUGCAAAGUUCUACCUUCACGUAAAUACACUCUAAUCACCGAUUUUUUUGCAGCAUUUACAGCUUUUAUCCUCCUAUAG